AUGGGGGCGAGCGGGGCGGGGGGCCCGGGGGCGAACGGGACGCGAACCAGCGGCGGCACCGGGGAACGGCGCUGGGGACAGGCACCGGGGAGCGGCACCGGGAGCGACACCGGGGAGCGAUACCGGCAGCGGCACCGGCAGCGGCCCCGGGGACAGGAACCGGGGAACGGCACCGGGGACAGACACCGGGAACGGCACCGGCAGCGGCCCCGUGGACAGGAACCGGGGAACGCGGCGGGGCCGGGCCGGGCCCGGGGCUCCCCGGGUGGCCCCGGCGAGCCGGGCCGGGCGCGGCGGGCGGGGGGCGCGGGGCGGGCGGGCCGGGGGCCGGGGGCGCUGCGGGCCCCGCUCCGCGCCGCGAUUGGCUGGAAAUUGACAACGGGGCAGGGCCCGCCCCCGAGCCGCGCCAUUGGCUGCGGGCGCGGCGCCGCCGCCUGCCAUUGGCUGCGGGCGGUGUCGGUCACGGCGCGGCCCCGCUCGGCCGCCGCCCUGGCAGGUCCCUCCGCCGGGAGCGGGGCCGGCCCGGCCGCGCCGGGGCUCGGAGCCGCCCCGGGCCCUGCCCGCCGCUCUGCCGGCCUCGGCCCCCGGCCCGGGCCUUUUCCCGUCACUGGCAGCGAGCUGGACGCGUGGUUUGCCUCCGUUCUCGUAAAAUCCCCGAUCGAUCAUACGCCCGUUUCUUUUUUUCGGGAAGAAAUUCCUCCCGGAAUCGGUGCCUGGAUGCUGGAGGGGGCAGGGAGUGGCGGUGGAGUCAUCGCCCCUGGGGGUGUUGAGGGCAGGCCGGUGGAGCUCAGUGCCCUGCUGGCUGACAAGCGCUGUUCGCUCCCCGGCUGGACUCGCAGGUCCCUUCCUGUCUCCCGCCGGGUGUUCGUCCCUGAUUCCCUCGGCUCCCGUGCUGCUGUUGUGAGAGAGGAGGAGGCAUUUGUUGUGGUUCACUCGAGAACAUUCAGUUCAGAAAUAGAACUGCAGGAGAAGGUUCACUUCCCAGAGGUUCGGUUUCAUCCCAGCGAUGGAUGCCGGCGCACGUCCAAGCGUGGAUGGAAAUCCGCCGGCUCCCGUUCCAGCACGAGCAAAACAAGCCCAAAUUGAUUGGUGAAAUCUGAUCUGUGCCUUCUGCUUGUUUGUUUUCCAUCUUCCAAUAAGACAACGCAUGUUUGCUCUGAGUUUUGGCUGAGCUGCUUGCGUUGCCUUGCUCUGAGUCUUGGUUGGGUUUGAGGGGAGAAAACCAAGAGCUUCAGGAGCUGGAGGUUACCUGUUGGUCCUCGUGGUUUGAGAAGGUGAAGAAUGAUGGAAACAAGAUUUCUUCUGCUUUUCUGCCUGUGAAUCAUCAAAAAGGGGGAAGAGGAAGAAGAGCUGGCUGUGGACAGUCCUUCCUGCUGUGCGUGGCAGCUCUGGAUGGU